AUGUCAAGCGAUAAGUCUGGGUAUAUUGACUUAAAAAGAUACUGUUCUAAAGCUUGCAGUUUGCAGAAACGAUAUUUUCCAUGUGACCGUAUUCUAGCUCGAAGGAUUUUGAAAUGCACGAUUAACUCCACUAUUGCUUUGACCCUUUGUUUGAUACCCAAAGUAAGAGAACUGCUCGGGCCAGAGCCAGCACUAAUGCCUCUUAUUGCAGUCAUAGUACAUCCUGGAAGGCGUACCGGCGCCAUUAUACAGAGUUCUAUGUACGUUCUAACAGGUUUAGUGACUGGGUUAGGAUAUUCACUUUUUGCAAGAUAUCUUGCGCAAAGAUGCCUUGGUUCUACAUGGAGUCUCCUGUCUGACGAACAAAACUAUAUUGAGAAUUAUGAUCGAUACGAAGCUGCGUUGGCUGUUUUAGCUGUGUUCGAAAUAUUUAUGCUUUUCUUUCAUGGUUGGAUGAGAGCUGUCAGUCAUCACUACUUUCAUAUCGUUUUUCCGUUAUUCGUGGUGGUUCAUUUUACGUUUCUGGCACCAUUGCGCCAAUCCGCUGCUGAGAUUGCUAGAACUUUUUCAAUACCCUUCUAUCUUGGUAUUGGAAUGUCAGUAUUCUGGAACUUAAUAAUAUUCCCGGAAUUUGGUACCACAUAUUGCGGUAAGACUACAGUAGACACCCUUAAUGAGUUACACCACUUUUUGAACAAUGCAAUAAACUUCUUCAUAUCAUCUGACCUUCAAGAAGAGUCUCAGUCUUUUUAUGAGAAGAAACCUUGCUCUUUAGCAAGAUUGGUGACACUUAAAAACUCAAUUAAUCAAAAGGUGAGCAACUGUGAACUAGUUCUCGAUGAAGGUUCAUAUGAGCUAUCUUACUCUUAUUUGGGAGCAUCUCAGUUAACUGAUAUAAUAGAUAAGUUCAAGCCAUUGGCAAUGUAUGCAACAGGAUUAGCAAAUGCAUGUCAAUUGGAGUUCGUGCUGCUAAAAAGACAGGGUCGGUUAUUUGAAGACUCCGAAUCGAUAAAUGUUGAUACACAAAAGGAAAUAACUCAUGCAGAUUCCAAAAGACUUCUCGCUGUGCUAAAAACAUUGAGGUUACCGAUUUUCGCAUUGCACAAGACUCUAAAUGAAUCGCUCUAUAUUUCAAAGAUUGUACUUUGCGAUGCUUAUGAUGUAGAUUUCAGUCAUUCGAAGAUCCCAAAGAGUUUUAAACAAGAGAGUAAUAUUAUGCCAGAUUUGAACUUCAAACAAAGGUUACCCAAGGAUUUCGAUUUUAAAGGAACCCUAGACAAAUUAAAAGAAGCAGCCGAUGCAUUCGAUCGAGAAUUUCGUGAGCAAUUGGCUGAUGUCAGUCACGAGCUUUUAAGCCCAUCAGAUGAAAUGUUCCUAAUAUCUUUGUUUUUAAUUAAUUUUAAGGAAAUAAUCAAUUCUGUUAUCUUGAUCAUGCAGGAGGCACAAAAGAUACAGGGCCUUAGAAAAGAGAGGGAAUCUAAAGGUUGGCUCCGCGGCAAAUCAUUCUGGUUUACUGCCCUUAGUAACCUUGAGAACUUUAAGAAAUGGAUAAAUCGCAAUUCACGUUUGAGUGGUUUGACUGAAAGUGCAACUUUACAAGGUGUCAUCAACAACCAAUCUAAUGUCCGCGGUGAAACAGCCACCGUUCGACCUCAAUUUGAGGAACAGCAGCUACUUCGUCAACAGACUGCCGCCUCUGUUAUGUUCGACGAUGUAGAUCAUCGCUUGCCUAUGAGCAGUAAUUCAUAUAAACAAGAUGCUGGUAUACAUUCUAAGGCAUGGACUGCUUCUUUUCAACAUAGACUAGCAGCUGUUUCUUUAAAGCGUAUAUGCAUGCAACUUAUGAUCAACAUGCGGGAGUCGUUUAAAAAAAAUCGAGAACGGUUUCGGUUUGGGGCCCAGGUAACUAUUUCCUUGAUUGUUGCGUCAUUUCCAAUGUUCAUACCAAAGGCACGUCACUGGUAUGUUGAUAUACGUGGCUCCUGGGUGGGUUUUGUCUGCAUAUUAUGUCUCGAGCCUAAUGUCGGCGGUACCUUCUGGGUAUUCUUCUUGCGUGGUGUUGGGGUAAUAGGUGGUGCUGCUUGGGCAUAUGUAUCAUACCUUGCUGGUGGUCAGAACCAGCAAAACCCAUAUUUGAUGGUGUUUGUCACUAUUAUCGGUGCCGUUCCUGGAUUCUAUUUUCUGUUGGGCUCUGCAUAUAUUAAGGCUGCCAUUAUUCAUGUCAUCAGCAUCUAUAUUGUGCUUUUAGCCACCGUUAUACCGACUUCGGUUGGUGGAACUAUUGCUGCCAACUUUGGUAAAAGGUGCCUUGCCGUUGCAUAUGGUGGAGGUGUUGCGUUGGUUGCACAAACAGUUAUAUUUCCUAUCAAGGCACGCGAUCAACUGAACGAUGAGAUUUCAUUUGUAUCUGGAUGCAUUGCAGAUUUGAUCAUGUUGCUUGCAACCGGUACAGAAAGGGGUUCGAAGUUUAUGAUUUCAACUGAAAGUUUUGAACGUUUCUCGUUGGUUUCAUCAAGUGCGAAGUCCGCGUUGAGCCGCGCUGACACUUAUAAAGGAUUAGCAAGGCAAGAGCCUAGACUAAAAGGUAGGUACACAGAACUUGAGAAGGUAUUCACUCAAAUAAUUUUCAUCCAAAAACAAAUAAUUGAUCUUUUAGAUGUCAUGGUGUUAUUGCGCAAAAACUGUGGAAGUAUCCUCGAUGAUUUGAAUGCGACUAUCUAUCCAUACAGAAGACAAGUUAUUGGAUCCAUGGUAAACAUGAUGAGAGCAUUGCAAGAGGCCAUUAUAAAUAAGACACCAUUACCGCAUUAUUUACCUAGUGCCAGAAUCUCAUAUCGAAGAUUGGUAAACAAAGUUCGUGAAAUCUUGGAUGUGCAGUACAGGAAUCGUAUGGGUGUAGUGGCUGAGCAUCCAAAUUUAAAUUCAGACAGUGAUAAAUCUAGCAUCGAUAGCAACGAUGACGAUGAGGGAAUUGUAUUGAGAGCUAAAAAAAGACCCACUGCUCAAGUAUCUUCAUUCCACGCCUAUGUCGUAAAAGAAAAGUAUCUUGGCUGGAGCGCAACCAGUUCAGCUGCAGAAGAGAUUAUAGAAUAUAUCGAGGAAUUACUACAAUUAACAAAGAUUCUAGUUGGCGUAAACGAAUUCAAAUAUGGGUUUUUAUCCCGUCCCUUAUAUAGCGACUGGGCUGCGGAAGCAGCAACAGGUUUUGACGACUUUAUCAAAGGAACUGUGUCAAAAGUUCAGAAACCUUCUGCUUCAGAUAGAAAGAAUUUCCACGCUAGCGGAAACAUAAGGGAGACUGAUAUUGAUGACCAUGCUGUCAGCUCUUUAGAAGAUCAAUCCUUAAAUGUGACUGAGGCACCUAUUCAAUUAACCAACAGCGAUGACAAUAUCUCUGUAGCGUCUUCACGAAGGAUUAUAUCUGACGAUACAGAUCCAAGUCUAUCCAAAAAAUACUGGAGGCGUGCUGGUUCCAUUGACAAUGAGAGCUUGAGACUACAAGCAACUAAGACAUUAGGAGAAAUUGAAAGUGAGUUUGAAGAUGAUACUUCUGAUUCAGAAGAACUGCCGUUGGCAUUAAAAAGGUUUGUCAGUCGUAAAAAAUAG